CUAGCAGCUCCACUACAGAAACAGAUCAAGAUACGAUUGAAACGAUUGACUGGCCCAAUAUCGAAAUUCAACUUUGCUCCUCCCGUGUCGGAGCCCGGAAGUUACCAAAAUGCCAUUUCUCCAUAAAUUAAACCUUUCAACAGCCAGUACCCGUGACCGUAUUAGGAGACGCUUCACCAAUUCCACUGAAGAUUAAACAUAAUCGAAUUGUCACAAAGGGCACGGCUACCGUGGAUUCAUUUUAGAUGCAAAAAAAUGCUAAUGCUUGCACAGAUACCUUCGCGGAUACCUGCGCAGAACUUUGAGGACCAUUACAUGGAAAAAGCACUUGAACUAAACAAAAACACCAAGCCCAAGUCCGUUACCUUUCGAGCUUAUGUCGUUUGUAGGGUUUAUGUUGAAAUUUUCACUUCUGGCUAUUAAAAU